GGGCCGGGAUGCUGCUGAGGACAGGGUUGCAGCCGUGAGGAUGCGUAGGGGCUGGCGCCCCUUCUCCCAGCCCGCCCCGGGCGCUCGGCAUCGCGCCCAGGGUAGGGCGGCCUGGGGUCCCAGGAGGCCCGGCUGCAGGCCUUGCGAGACCCCUUUCCCCUCGGGUCCAUAGUGGGCCCAGCUUCGCGAUCCCUAUGCCUGGAAACGCCGACACAGCGUUAAGCUAGGCGCGGCGGCGGCCGCAGCAGCAGCAGCAGCAGCAGCAGGUGCGCGGCCUGGACCCGAGCCGCUCGCCGGAGAGGAGGCGGUGCUAAUCUCGGGAACCGGAGGCACCUGCAGCGGCCGCUAGCCUGGCGGCGGCGGUGACAUCCUCGCGCUCAGUGUAGAACAUAGAAACCGCAGCCAUGACCACCCACGUCACCCUGGAAGAUGCCCUGUCCAACGUGGACCUGCUGGAAGAGCUGCCCCUCCCUGACCAGCAGCCAUGCAUCGAACCUCCGCCCUCCUCCAUCAUGUACCAGGCCAACUUUGACACAAACUUCGAGGACAGGAAUGCAUUUGUCACGGGCAUUGCAAGGUACAUUGAGCAGGCAACGGUCCACUCCAGCAUGAAUGAAAUGCUGGAGGAGGGACAGGAGUACGCCGUCAUGCUGUAUACCUGGCGCAGCUGUUCCCGGGCUAUUCCCCAGGUGAAGUGCAACGAGCAGCCCAACCGAGUGGAGAUCUAUGAGAAGACUGUGGAGGUGCUGGAGCCGGAGGUCACCAAACUCAUGAAGUUCAUGUACUUCCAGCGCAAGGCCAUCGAGCGGUUCUGCAGCGAGGUGAAGCGGCUGUGCCACGCAGAGCGCAGGAAGGACUUCGUGUCGGAGGCCUACCUGCUGACCCUGGGCAAGUUCAUCAACAUGUUCGCCGUCCUGGACGAGCUGAAGAACAUGAAGUGCAGUGUCAAGAAUGACCACUCUGCCUACAAGAGGGCGGCACAGUUCCUGAGGAAAAUGGCGGACCCCCAGUCCAUUCAGGAAUCGCAGAACCUGUCCAUGUUCCUGGCCAACCACAACAGGAUCACCCAGUGUCUCCACCAGCAACUGGAAGUGAUCCCUGGCUAUGAGGAGCUGCUGGCUGACAUUGUGAACAUCUGCGUGGAUUACUACGAGAACAAGAUGUACCUGACCCCCAGUGAGAAGCACAUGCUCCUCAAGGUUAUGGGCUUUGGCCUCUACCUGAUGGAUGGAAAUGUCAGUAAUAUUUACAAACUGGAUGCCAAGAAGAGAAUCAACCUUAGCAAAAUUGAUAAGUUCUUUAAGCAGCUGCAGGUGGUGCCCCUGUUCGGCGACAUGCAGAUAGAGCUGGCCAGAUACAUUAAGACCAGUGCUCACUAUGAAGAGAACAAGUCCAAGUGGACGUGCACGCAGAGCAGCAUCAGCCCCCAGUACAACAUCUGCGAGCAGAUGGUUCAGAUCCGGGAUGACCACAUCCGCUUCAUCUCAGAGCUCGCUCGCUACAGCAACAGCGAGGUGGUGACAGGUUCGGGGCUGGACAGCCAGAAGUCGGACGAGGAGUACCGGGAGCUGUUCGACCUGGCCCUGCGGGGCCUGCAGCUGUUAUCCAAGUGGAGUGCCCACGUCAUGGAGGUGUACUCCUGGAAGCUGGUUCACCCCACCGACAAGUUCUGCAACAAGGACUGUCCCGGCACGGCGGAGGAAUACGAGAGGGCCACGCGCUACAACUACACCAGCGAGGAGAAGUUCGCCUUCGUGGAGGUGAUCGCCAUGAUCAAGGGCCUGCAGGUGCUCAUGGGCAGGAUGGAGAGCGUCUUCAACCAAGCCAUCCGGAACACCAUCUAUGCAGCCCUGCAGGACUUCGCCCAGGUGACGCUGCGCGAGCCCCUGAGGCAGGCGGUGCGGAAGAAGAAGAACGUCCUCAUCAGUGUCCUGCAGGCAAUUCGGAAGACCAUCUGUGACUGGGAGGGAGGCCGAGAGCCCCCCAAUGACCCAUGCUUGAGAGGAGAGAAGGACCCCAAAGGUGGAUUUGACAUCAAGGUGCCCCGGCGUGCUGUGGGGCCAUCCAGCACACAGGCCUGCCAGUGGUCCCCGAGGGCUUUGUUUCACCCCACUGGUGGCACACAGGGCCGAAGAGGCUGCCGAUCCUUGCUGUACAUGGUGCGCACCAUGCUCGAAUCGCUCAUCGCCGACAAAAGCGGCUCCAAGAAGACCUUGAGAAGCAGCCUGGACGGACCCAUCGUCCUCGCCAUAGAGGACUUCCACAAGCAGUCCUUCUUCUUCACGCACCUGCUCAACAUCAGCGAGGCCCUGCAGCAGUGUUGUGACCUCUCCCAGCUCUGGUUCCGAGAAUUCUUCCUGGAGUUAACCAUGGGCCGGCGAAUCCAGUUCCCCAUUGAGAUGUCCAUGCCCUGGAUUCUAACGGACCAUAUCCUGGAAACCAAAGAACCUUCCAUGAUGGAGUAUGUCCUCUACCCUUUGGAUCUGUACAACGACAGCGCCUACUAUGCGUUGACCAAGUUUAAAAAGCAGUUCCUGUACGACGAGAUCGAAGCAGAGGUGAACCUGUGUUUUGAUCAGUUUGUCUACAAGCUAGCAGACCAGAUAUUUGCUUACUACAAAGCCAUGGCUGGCAGUGUCCUACUGGAUAAACGUUUUAGAGCUGAAUGUAAGAAUUAUGGAGUCAUCAUCCCGUACCCACCGUCCAACCGCUAUGAGACGCUGCUCAAACAGAGACAUGUCCAGCUGUUGGGCAGAUCGAUUGACUUGAACAGGCUCAUUACACAGCGCAUAUCUGCCGCCAUGUAUAAAUCUUUGGACCAGGCCAUCAGCCGCUUUGAGAGCGAGGACCUGACCUCCAUUGUGGAGCUGGAGUGGCUGCUGGAGGUGAACCGCCUCACGCACCGGCUGCUUUGCAAGCACAUGACGCUGGACAGCUUCGAUGCCAUGUUCCGGGAGGCCAAUCACAACGUGUCCGCUCCCUAUGGCCGCAUCACCCUGCACGUCUUUUGGGAGCUGAACUUUGACUUCCUCCCCAACUACUGCUACAAUGGGUCCACAAACCGUUUUGUCCGAACUGCCAUUCCUUUCACCCAAGAACCACAGCGAGAUAAACCUGCCAAUGUCCAGCCUUACUACCUCUAUGGAUCCAAGCCCCUCAACAUUGCCUACAGUCACAUCUACAGCUCCUACCGGAACUUUGUGGGGCCUCCUCAUUUCAAGACCAUCUGCAGACUCCUGGGCUACCAGGGCAUCGCUGUGGUUAUGGAGGAACUGCUGAAAAUCGUCAAGAGCUUGCUCCAAGGAACCAUUCUCCAGUAUGUGAAGACACUGAUAGAGGUGAUGCCCAAGAUAUGCCGCCUGCCCCGGCACGAGUACGGCUCCCCAGGGAUCCUGGAGUUCUUCCACCACCAGCUGAAGGACAUCAUCGAGUAUGCAGAGCUCAAAACAGACGUGUUCCAGAGCCUGCGGGAGGUGGGCAAUGCCAUCCUGUUCUGCCUCCUCAUAGAGCAAGCGCUGUCUCAGGAGGAAGUCUGUGAUCUGCUCCACGCUGCACCUUUCCAAAACAUCUUGCCCAGAGUCUACAUCAAGGAGGGAGAACGCCUAGAAGUCCGGAUGAAACGCCUGGAAGCCAAGUAUGCCCCGCUUCACCUGGUCCCCCUGAUUGAGCGCCUGGGGACGCCCCAGCAAAUUGCCAUCGCUCGGGAGGGUGACCUGCUGACCAAGGAGCGGUUGUGCUGUGGCCUGUCCAUGUUCGAGGUCAUCCUGACCCGCAUUCGAAGCUACUUGCAGGACCCCAUCUGGCGGGGCCCGCCACCCACCAAUGGCGUCAUGCACGUGGAUGAGUGUGUGGAGUUCCACCGGCUGUGGAGCGCCAUGCAGUUUGUCUACUGCAUCCCCGUGGGGACCAACGAGUUCACGGCCGAGCAGUGUUUCGGAGAUGGCUUGAGCUGGGCUGGCUGCUCCAUCAUCGUCCUGCUGGGCCAGCAGCGUCGCUUUGACCUGUUCGACUUCUGUUACCACCUGCUGAAAGUACAGAGGCAGGACGGGAAGGACGAGAUCAUUAAGAACGUGCCCCUGAAGAAGAUGGCCGACCGGAUCAGGAAGUAUCAGAUCUUGAACAACGAGGUUUUUGCCAUCCUGAACAAGUACAUGAAGUCCGUGGAGACAGACAGUUCCACUGUGGAGCACGUGCGCUGCUUCCAGCCGCCCAUCCACCAGUCCCUGGCUACCACCUGCUAGGCAGACAUGCUGCAGACCUCCACCUGGAGGAGGAGGAGAAGCAGGAGAGAAAGCAACGGUCAGCCUUCCAUAGGGGCCAACUGGACAGUGUGCAGGGCAGACCUGGAAGCAAAUAAGAACCUCCCCAAACAUGUCUGCACCACUCCCAGGGGCUGGACUCGUGCAUGCUCUCCCGUGACAUCUCCAUGGUGGGUUCCAUUGUGUAAAUGAUAAACAGAAAAAAGAGCAGGGCAGUGUAUGCUUUCUUUUUGUUUUCCCUCAACUGUAUUUCAGAACUCCUACUUCUGUCCUUUCUCCAUUCCACCAUCCCCACCAUCUAUGGUUGCUUCUCAAGAUCUCCCCACAAACUGGUGACUUCUCAGUGCCCAGGACUGAAGUCUUAGAGACUAAGAAAAGAGUGUGGCCAUGCCAGAGGCAUGUGGGCCUGGUGGUGCAGUAGGUUCCUGGCUUCUUCAGGUCCUCUGGCUCCCUCUCUCCAGUUUCUGGUGACCCCUCCUCCUGCUCUGGAUGUUAGGGAAUCCCCCACCUAGAGUAUGCUUGGGCCAGAUGCCAAGAGCUGCAGACGACCAGGAAGAGGAUCCUAGUGUAGCAUGACAAUAGAUGGUGUUAGCCUGGCCUUUCACAGGCUUCCCCAAACCCCUUAACUCUCCCUUCUCGGACAAGUCCCAGAGAAAAGCCAGACAUGCUUCCACAACUGUCUCCUACUGAAGUGCAGCUUGGAUUAGGAAGGUGGUCAGGCCUGUUAUGUGGAAGCAGUAUCGUUGAAUACAGCCAGGAAUUCCAUAGCCUCAAACGGAAAACUUUUAAGGCAUCUCAUCAACUUGGUGAGAUGGCUCCUUUAUUGCUUAAGCAAUUACUCAGCAGUGGACCACACAGGGUGAUGGACAUUGGGGAUGUGACACUGAAGAAAUCAGCCAUGGUACUACCCACAGCAUUAGCCAGUGACCAAAUGAGUGACCACUCCUUGCCACAGAAUCUCUCAUCAAGGAAAACUCCCACAAGAAAGAAAGUAUUACUGGGUUAUUUCAACAGAAGCCAAAAUCAUCUUGAGAAUGAGGAGGUUAGGAGUAACAAUACUACUUGACAAUAAGCCUUUAAUUCCAAGGUAUACCCCAAAGAGAAGUCCUGUUUUAGGGCAUCAGAACUUCCAUUGGUCUUAGCUGCUGAAAGAUUCUUGGAACAUUUUACCUUUUGCUCUCAGCUUCCUGUUCUCUUAGUGUUCCUCAAGUUAGAUUUUGAGGUAUAAAUUCUCAUAGGGGUAUAUUUAUUUCCAUUUUCCAGGCUGAACCAAAACUUUCUGCAGUCUCUCUCACUGAGUGUGGCGAGUUCUUCAAAGAGAGGAACCUUGGGGAUGCACAUGUCUCAAUACAGAGCUCAUCAUCUGUAAAGGGCACAUGUGGCCCUGAGCUUCUGAGAACACAUAAAGUAGAACAUUUAAUACUUCUUACUCAGCCCAGGGAGGAAGAAAGUGAAAAAUGAAAAGAACAAUAAUGACCCUCCCCACAGAAGGGGAAUAGACAUGGUUAACGUGAACCAGAUGGUCCAUUUUUAACCACUCAGGAAGAAUAAAGGAAGUGUCCAUUACCAGAGCUUUCUGAGAUGUACUCAUUGAGUACAGAUUUAGGAAAUCAACAUUCUCCACAAGCUAGCUGAAUUAUACUGGUGUACAGAGACGUUUGAGAACCACUGUGGGAGAGGGACCAUUCUGCCAACCUUGGACUUUGAGCUACCUCUGAGCCAUGGAAAAACACAUUUAUAGUUUGGGAAGGCAGUUCAGAGUGGUAACUGGCAACUCCUUCUAUCUGGUCCUGCCGCUUCCUGUUCCAGUUUCUUCUUUCCUCUUGACGGAUGAAUCCCAGAGGCAGGAGAGAGAGGUUAUACCACAUGGCAGAACUACAUGAUAGAACACACCGUCAAAACCCACUUAGAAUCUCUAAGCUCCAAAAUCUUUCAAAUCCUCUGUCCUGUUUGGGAACAGUAGCUGGCUCUCUCUUUCAGAUAGAUAAUUAGCUUUUUAAUUUUUUAAGUUCAUUCUCAAUACUUGGUCAUUGCUUUGCAGAGAUCUGGACCAUCCAUUUAGUGAGACUGCUAGUUCAACAGCUCAUCUCUCCCACCCCACUUUAAUAACACUGAAGUUCACCCUCUGGGAAGAGUCACUUUAUCCUCAAGAGAUUUGAUCCCAGUAAAUUGAGAUCUUCCCUUUCUGCAGAGAUUCCAUUUCCUCAGCUCGCCAGCAGUGCUUAUUUAUGAACACUGGACAAGUUUAAUAUGCUUUCCUCCCUAGUAUUGUCACUGUCCCUCUUUUGAUUUUUUUUAAAUGUGUCUAAAAACCAAGAAUAAAAAAAGCUUAGAUUUUAACAAGUUUUAAGAAAUUCUGUUUCAGAAACUGUCAGAUGUACCAUAUUUGUAUUAAGAGUUGUUGGGGAUUUUUGUACAAUGAAUUUACAUUUAUUUAUGGUGACUUAUAUUUACGCUUGUGAUCAAAUAUUGUUAAAUUCUUAAAUCAUAUUUGCUAUGCAGCUGAAGAUGAUAUUUUGGUUUGUAUUUUGGGGGUACCUGUGUUGAGUUGAUAAACAUUGUCAUCUCCAUUAAAACUGCUUCCAAACUA